AAGGUGUCUCCGACGUGAAAUCGCCGGAGCUACCGCAACACAACUACUUUCCUCCUAUGGACAACUCAAGUUCAUCAUCUUCCGUCGACCCAAAUAGCGGAUUCUCUUCAAAAACCAAAACUUUCCAUAGUCUCCGACCACCACUCCUACUUCCUCCAAUGUCUUCUCCUCUUUCUGCUGCUUCUUAUGCACUAUCUCUCCAACACAACACUGAAGACACCGCCUUUAUCGACUCAUCCACCGGUCUCCAUAUCUCCUUCUCCGAUUUCCGGCAACGUGUUGUUUCCUUAGCUUCUUCCAUUCAGAAUACACUCCGUCUUUCCAAAAACGACGUAGCUUUUGUUCUUUCUCCAAACUCAACUCAUAUUCCGAUUCUGUACUUUUCUCUUCUCUCCCUCGGUGUUGUAAUCUCUCCUGCUAAUCCCCUCAGCACAGAAUCUGAGCUUUUGCGACAGAUUAAGUUAACGAAACCUGUAAUCGCGUUUGCUACAUCGAAAAACUUCCAGAAGCUUCCGAAAUUGAAACACCCAACUGUUCUAAUCGAUUCGCCGGAGUUCGAAUUGAUGAUGAGGAACACUGAAUUGAAGUUCGAAACAGUGGAAGUGAAUCAAUCGGAUUUGGCGGCGAUUAUGUAUUCGUCGGGGACUACAGGGGAGGUAAAGGGGGUGAAGCUGACUCAACGGAAUUUUAUAGCAAGUAUUGCGAAUUACCAUGCUCAGAGACCGGAGAGGGAUUCGCCAGCGGUGAUGUUGUAUACGGUGCCGUUGUUUCAUGUGUUUGGUUUUCAUUACUUUUUGAAAUCGGUAGCUUUAACUGAGACUGUGGUGGUGAUGGAGAGAUUUGAUUUGAAGAAAAUGUUGAAGACGGUAGAGGAUUUCAGGGUGACACAAUUAGUGGUAGCUCCGCCGGUUGUGGUGGCGAUGGCUAAAGGAAGUGUUACUCAUGGCUAUGAUUUGAGUUCAUUAGAAGCCGUUGGCAGCGGCGGAGCUUCACUUGGGAAAGACGUUAUGCAAGCAUUUGCAGACAAGUUUCCAAAGAUCAUAUUAUUUCAAGGAUAUGGACUAACUGAAACGGCCGGAGCAGCAUUUCGGGCUGGAACUACUGAAGAAAUGCUACGUCAGGGUUCUGUAGGAAGGUUACUGGCAAAUACUGAAGCAAAAAUUGUAGAUCCAGACACUGGGAUUGGUCUGCAUCCUGGUGAGCAAGGAGAGCUCUGGAUCAAAGGUCCAACCAUUAUGCAAGGAUACAUCGGUGAUCCGAAGAACACUUCUGAAACUCUGAUGCCAGGUGGGUGGUUGAGGACUGGUGAUCUUUGUUAUAUUGAUCAUCAUGGGUACCUUUUUGUUGUAGACAGGCUGAAGGAGCUAAUCAAAUAUAAGGGAUACCAGGUUGCUCCUGCUGAACUAGAACAACUUCUUCAAUCCCACCCUGAAAUAGUAGAUGCUGCUGUCAUACCAUAUCCUGAUGAAGAAGCUGGUCAACUGCCCAUGGCGUUUGUUGUGAGACGUCCCCAAAGCACUCUUGACAAAGAACAAGUGAUUGAUUUUAUUUCAAAACAGGUUGCUCCAUAUAAGAAAAUAAGGCGGGUGGCAUUUGUUAGCUCCAUACCAAAAAGUCCAUCUGGGAAGAUAUUGAGAAAAGAAUUAAAAAGGAUUCAUUUACCAGGAUCUAAGUUGUAAUCAAG